AUGUUCUUCUAUGACCCAACAUCCAAUUCUACUAUUCAGGGGGAGAUACGGAGUGAAGAGCUCAACUGGAGCAGCAUGGAAAACGAAGAUAUUCAUCUAUGCAUGAAGAUUACUCUCGGCCAAGAAACAAUAACAAUCGAUUGUCCCGAGUCUAGCACGUGCGAAUGCUCUCUGCCAACCAACGAUCGAUCGCCUAACCCUUGCGAAGCUAUUUUUGAUUCGAGUCAUAUUCCUAUAGACAACUCAGAAAAACAAGAUAAAGACCCCCCCUCUCACUCAAUAGUACCAACGGACCAAUCUCCUGAGAAUAUCUCUGAGGUAACUACUCCUACUAGACUUGUGCAUUUAGAGGAUAAAACUAUUGGAUAUCAAUUACCUUUCAAGCAAAAUCGUGGGAAGCCACCAAACUGUUAUUCACCUGAUAUUGGUAAGACAUCCAAGUAUUUAAUUGCAAAUCAUGUAUCCACUGAGAAUGUCUGA